AAUGGUAUAGUUUUGAAUUUAUUCUAAUAUUUUAAAUGAAUUCAAAAUGUAGUAAUUUUUUCAUAUAAUAAUUUAAAAUGUUCUUUUUUUAAUUAGGAAUCGAAGAUAUCAGCAAAGUUAGUAAAUAGCUCAAUGCCGGAAAAUUUAGAUAAUGCCGAUGAUGGUAAAGCUGAACAGGUAGACAAUAUUUCUGAAGUUUCGUUAUCUGAAGAUUCUGUUGAUGGAAAACGAAACGGUAAAGAAUCAGAUGAAACUAAAAAUAUUUCUCCUAAGAAUGAUUGUCCCUUGAACGAAACUAAACACGAGGAAAAAAAGGAUUCCAAACCUAAUGAUAAUAGUGCGUCUCAAUCUGGGGUUCAACAUCUGGGCUUAGACGACGAUGAUCAUCUUUUUGGUGAAAAUAGUGACAACAUGAUCCUGUUAAGGGAUGGUAUUUAUGUUAAGAAAAUAAUUUUGGAUACGGCUUUACGUACUUCAUGCCAAGGCUCUCAUUUAGACCGACAAUUUUUGGAAGGAGUUAUGAAGCCUGAAUACUUGCGUAGAUGUACUAUAACUGGUAAUGCAAGUCGCGGAAAAAAAGAUCCGAAAGUCUUGCCAAUACACGGAGCUGCGAAAAAUGCUAUUAUUGGUAUGCUAUUAUUUUCAGCAAAUAGAUUUGUUAUGUCCAAACAAUUUUUUUUUAUGUUAAUAAUUAUUUAAAAUAAUUAUUCCUGAGCUCCUCUUUGAAAAGCGCGCGAAAACGCAGCGUCAGCUUUUUCACCUUUUUAUGCGGCAAAGAAUAGUGGGAAGACACCUGCAAUAAGUUUAACGAAUAAACAAUAAACUGUCGUCACUUUCCACCAAUGACGAUAAUUAAAAAUUCCCCAUCAAUUGUCAAAGCAAAGUUUAUAAAAAGCCUGAGCACCAUGGCUCAGGGCCUUCAGUUCAUUUUUAACUUCUUGGUCCGCGUAAACGGCGUCGAUAGCCCGUAAUCUUAUUGCAGAAAUCUUCCGACGUGGCAAUAAGUAAUCGUCGCUGAUUUAGGUAUCCGGCUGAUCAAUUUCGUGUAGGAUAUUAUUUUAUCAGUUACGGUUUUCCAAAUUCACUUUAAAUAAAUUGUAAAUCGAUCUAGGUAUCCGGCUGAUUAAUUUCGUGUAGGAUAUUAAUUUAUUCAUUUACAAAAAUUCAAAUCGAUUAUACCGUAAAUCGAUCUAGGUAUCCGGCUGAUUAAGUUCGUGUAGGAUAUUAAUUUAUUCAUUUACGGUCAUUAUUAAUAGAUUA